CGACGCAGUGCUGCAUUUCAGAAUAGGGGGAAAUCGAAAAGGAAUUUGGGGAUGCAAAUUGUUCUAUUAGUAUUAGGGAUUUCAAAUAAUUUGUGUUAUGAACACUUGUAAGCUUCUACGUGCAAAGGCCGGUGAAUGAGCUCCAAACGCCAGUUUGGUUGCUUACUUCCAGCAUAGAAUGUAAUGCUCAUUCAUUGUGCAUUAUCCCCACAACUCACACCAUAAUGUAGUGACAGGAAGGAUCAAAUGCUGUUUCACGUGAGAAUUCUGUAUUUUCCCCCAGCAAUUGCAUGCAACAUCAGCGGCGGUUACUCCCCCAAACCCCUAUAAAUACCCUUCUCUGUCACCCUCACAAUCCACACCUCUUUCACUGAAAUUCUCUCUGUUUAUCUUUCUCUUCCCAAUUUCCUUUCUGGGUUCUUUCAUCAAUGGCUAACAAUAGGGAGGCUUUGAACAACCGGCUCAUUGCUUUGAUCAGCUCUAUGGAGCAAGAAGGCAUGGUGGAUCAUCGUCUUGCUGAGGCUCGAGACUUGAAGGAGAUAAUUAGUCCUUUCUUUUUUGCGGAGUUGAUUCCUACAUUCAGUUCUGAUGCUUUCAACACCUUAAGAGAAUUGACUGCUGCUUUGGCUAAAACUGAUCUGGAUUUUCAUCAACUGGCGGAACUUUGCAUCAAAAUAAGAGGGAGCACCUCAUGCAUUGGUGCUUGUCGUAUGGCAGAUGCAUGUGUUAGACUCUCUCAGGCUAUUGAUGCCAGAUCUAAAGAAGAAUGCAUGAGUGCUUUUGAGAUACUCAAAAAUGAAUACUUGGCUCUGUAUGAGAAGCUGGACAAGAUAGUGGAGCUGGAAAGGAUGAUCCUCUCACAUGAAACCGAUGAUUGAUGGUUGCAAUGUUGCCUGCUUUUCUGAGAUGCUUUGAGUCUCCGUUGGGCGUCCCUCAAAGAUCAUAACUACCUAAUAGUUUGUGAAAACUAAAUGUUCUUUGUUUCGUGUUGUGAACAUCAAAACUAAUUGGUGUUCUUGUUUCCUGUUAUCAUCAAAACUGCUUGCCUUUGUGGCCUUUCCUUUUCUAUGCUUCUUAAGACAAUAAGUAAACUUGCAGCAUUUCC